AUGGCCAUUCAUUACCUCAUACUACUUUCGCGGCAGGGAAAAGUUAGACUAGCAAAGUGGUUCACAACUCUAUCACCCAAAGAUAAGGCAAAAAUAAUAAAAGAUGUUUCUCAGCUAGUCCUCGCACGCCGUACCCGGAUGUGCAAUUUCCUUGAAUAUAGGGAUUCAAAAAUUGUUUAUCGUCGCUAUGCAUCACUUUUCUUUAUCGCAGGCUGUGCUUCUACGGACAACGAGCUUAUCACGCUUGAAAUAGUUCACAGAUAUGUAGAGCAAAUGGAUAAAUAUUACGGAAAUGUCUGCGAGAUUUCGCCCGAGUUAUACACUAACACCAACCUGAUCUUUAACUUUCAAAAAGCAUACUUUAUACUCGACGAGCUCCUAUUAGCUGGAGAGCUACAGGAGAGUAGUAAGAAAAACGUUUUACGAGUAAUUUCAGCGCAAGAUGCUAUUGAAGACACUGAGGUUGAUGAUGAAGUUACGAGGAUCAUGUAA